AUGUCGACGGUUGAAGAAUUAAAAUUCAUUUGGAAGUUUUUAUUCUCUCAUAUGAAUACUGAGAAAAGUAAAGAAGAAAUAUGUGAUGAGAAGAAAUAUGAAGAGAAUAUAAUAUUGUUAAAAAAAUUGAUGAGAACAGAAAACAUAAAAUUCGAUCAAAAAUAUAAUGCAAUAAAUAUAUUAGAGAAAUUAAAAGAUAUAGAAGAUAUACAAUAUGAAGAUAUAUUAAAUGAUUAUGCAAAAAAUUUCUUAACAUUUUUAAAGGGAUCUUUUGAAAAAGUAGCAGAAGAAAUUCAAAUAAAUGAUAAAAUAUCUUUUAGAAGAAAUGAAUUAAUAAAACAAGAUUUAAAUAAUAAAUUACAAAAUCUUAAUCAUAAUUAUAAUUUAGAAUAUAUUAAUUUAAAUAAAUGUUUAGGUACCGAAGAUUUUGAAAGCCAACUAAAUGCUAGCUUAAAGUUUAAUUCUUUAAAGGAUAUUUUAAGUAAGUUAUUAAAAGAAAUGAAAGAUUAUGAAAUCCAAUAUAAUAAUUUAUCUGAUACGGAUAAAUUUUUGGACAUGAAAAUAUGUGAAUUAGAAAAUUAUCUAAAUAAUACUAGUCAAAAUUCUUAA